UUGAUUUUUCUGUCAAAUUGUUUGUUGGAACUAAUAUUUAAAAUUUACUUGUUGAUCGGGGAGAGAUAUUUGUUGCAGAAAAACAAGUCAUGAACUGUGCCAAAUGUCGUUCGAGCCAGUCGGGGGAACAGCUAAAGCGUUAUUUAUGCAGUGAAGGACACCUUCUUUGUAGGAAUUGUGUGAAAAAACGAUGUGAUAAACGACGGAAGUGUCCGGUUUGCGGUGCAAAAAUCGACAAAAAAUUGAAUGUUGGUGAAAAUUGUUGAAUUUUCACACAAAAUUUUAAUUUUUUAAAUUUUUUCACAGCUUUUUGACACUGAUGAGUCUCGUCUCGCGAUAACACAAGUAAAUUCCAGCUCAAGCAUAUGCCAAGAAGUGAUCCAGAUAGAAGGAUGUAAACAAAACUUCCUCAAAAUGCAGUCAAGUGAAGCGAUGGCAGCACCGGAACACCAACCGGGAUCCUCAAAAUCUGUCUUUGGCGUGUCUUCGGUCGAGUCUUUUGGUACAAUACCGGAAAACGGACUGACUUUCGAGAAAUCUGAGUCAUGUGAUAUCGAAAAGAGACAAGGUUUUCCGUUCCAAGUAUCUUAUGACUCAAUUGAGAUCAAGAAAGAUCCAAGAGAACGUCAAAAUUGUCAAUUUUUCACAGAACCUGCCGUUGAACAUGAACAUUUAAUCACAGUUAACGAAUAUGGGGAGCCUUAUGUGUUGCCGUACGUCAUUGUAGACAACCAAAAUGAUUCAAAUGACGAAGAAACACCGGAGAAUUUCGUCAAUUGCGAGAACGUAAUGCAAUAUUUCGAAAUAAUCGACAGUUCUUACGAAAAUUUAAAUGAAAGACGUGCUGGAGAGGCACCAUCUGAGCCAAUUUUUGCUUUAGUGUCGGUUGAUUCCCACGAAAAUCAUCAAGAAACUCUUCAGGACACCCAAAUUCCUCCUUCUGCAACUUCCCUCAACAUCUCACGAGCUCCCAUUCUUUGUCCCAUCAGCACAUGCAACAAACUCGAAUUCAAAAGUCUCAUCGUCAAGCACAUCCAGACCGAUCAUCCGCGUGUUUUGCUCAAAAUUAUUUCAUCUGGCGCCGAAAAAUCUCAUUUAUGGGACACUCGAAUCGAUAAAAAGAACAUCCGAAAGUGUCACGUGGUUUAUUUGUUGCGGGAUCGAAUCCGUGAUCUCGGAAGUACUGAAUUUCGGAACUAUUUACCCAUUUUAGUGAUGACAACGAAAUUCAAGGCUUCUUCAAUAUUCGGUGAAAAUGAAAUAAAAUCCCGGGAACAAAGUCAUUUUAUGAUUUGGCUUACAGGACUGGCGAUUGAAGAGCUUCCCGUUCAUUACACGUUAACUCUUUGUUCUAACAAACUCCCGAAUUCCUCACGAAAAAUCGUUUUUUCGAACGAAAUUUACUCGUGGAGGCAGGAUCAGUCAACGAGAGCCUUGUACGAGAGCGGGAAUGCCCUAAUUUUGACACAUCAGCAAUUCAUGCAGCUAAGUCAUGAUGGAACGGAAUUGAUUCGUGUUAAAAUUUGCAUUAAUUGAAAAAAAAAGUAAUUUUUUUAUGCUAAUCUUUUGUGUUUUUCCACCGUUGAAUCAAAAAAUUGAAAUUUUUCACACCGAAAAAUUCAAAGUUCAUCGAACUUGUUUGCCAAAACUGUGUCAAAAUCGUAAUCCGCAGACAAUUGCAUACGAAGAGCAUGUAUCUAUGGACUUAUUUUUUUUUAAACCGAGUUUA